AUGCUGCUCACGCAAUUGCGAACGACGGUAAAAACACGCCACUUCCAGACUCGCGGAAUUCUUAAUAUGCUUGGUGCCGCCACGACAAAGACAGAAAAGGCGGUGGCCGAGACCGUAGAGGCAUCAUCAUCACACAAGCGUGGUGACAUCGUGCUCGACGGCUUUGCUAAACGCCAGUUUGAGGACAAAACGUAUGCAGGUACGUGCCUCGACUACGACAAGGAUGAGUUUGUGAAGAAGAUCAAUGAAAUUUACGAGGCAAAUGGCAAGAAGCUGGUUGAUGGCUAUGCGCCAUUUUGCAAGCACUUGUUCGUUAAGAACUUUACAGGCGCUCGUCAUACUAUGGUACCCAUUACGCAGGCCAAUGCUCACAAUGUCAUGUCGGAUUACGAGGCUCGUACUGAAUACGAAUUACCAGUACUCACCCGUUGGUUCCCGAGCCAUAGUGUGACCCCUAGAGUAGCUGAGUUCUUGGACAUUAUUCUUUACAGCCGUGAACAGAUUAUAAAAGAGAAUGAGGCCAUCGAUCUACAAGCAGACCCAUCUCAUCGCGACGUCCCAUGGGGUAUUGUGGCGAUCAAAGCACAAGAUGUGGACCAUGAAUUGCCUAUGAAACCGAUUACCAUGAUGCGAAAUGCUAUUGGCAAGGAACAAGGUGGAUCUGGCGUGCCCAUUGACCGAGACGAGUACAUGAAGGCAGUGGAGUACUGGCGAAACCACGUAGUGAUCAAGAAAAUGUAG